CACCACCCCUCACCGCACCUCACCUCUCCCUCAACUCCGGCGGUCACGUUAUGGCGACGGUGUAAGUUCAGCCGCAUUGCCCAAGGCAUUGUUGUAAUUCCAGUCUAGAUCUAGGUUCCCUGUUGAACCAAAAAAUAUCAUCAUGCCCGGAAUACCGGGCUCGCUGACUUUCGACGAGUAUGGUCGUCCUUUCAUCAUUAUUCGUGAUCAGGAAAAGCAGAACAGAUUAACUGGCAACGAUGCUAUCAAGCAACACAUCAUGGCUGGGCGCCAGAUUGCGAACACACUGCGGUCUUCAUUGGGCCCCAAAGGACUCGAUAAGAUGAUGGUAUCUUCUGAUGGAGAUGUUACUGUUACUAAUGACGGGGCUACCAUUCUGAAGAUGAUGGAUGUUGACCACGAAAUCGCCAAGCUCAUGGUCCAGUUAUCUCAGUCACAGGACGAUGAAAUUGGUGAUGGCACAACUGGUGUUGUGGUGUUGGCUGGUGCUCUUCUUGAGCAAGCUGAACAACUACUUGAUAAGGGCAUUCACCCCAUUCGCAUAGCUGAUGGGUUUGAACUAGCUGCUCAGUUCGCUGCGAAACAUCUAGACACUAUUUCUGAUAGUUUUCCUGUUGAUACCAACAACCUAGAACCUCUUAUUAGGACUGCCAUGACAACUCUUGGCUCCAAAAUUGUUAACAAAUGCCACAGACAAAUGGCUGAAAUUGCAGUAAAUGCUGUAAUGGCUGUUGCUGACAUGGAAAAGAGAGAUGUGAACUUUGAACUUAUUAAAAUGGAAGGCAAAGUUGGUGGGCGCUUGGAAGAUACAAUGCUUGUGAAAGGUGUCAUUGUUGACAAGGACUUUUCUCACCCUCAGAUGCCCAAGGUUCUGAGAGAUGUUAAGCUUGCUAUCCUCACAUGCCCCUUUGAACCACCAAAACCCAAAACCAAGCAUAAGCUGGAUGUUACAUCUGUCGAAGAUUACAAGGAAUUAAGGAAAUAUGAAGUGGAGACUUUCUUAAAGAUGGUUCAGCAGGUUAAAGAUGCCGGUGCCACCCUAGCCAUUUGCCAGUGGGGCUUUGAUGAUGAAGCCAACCAUCUUUUACUUCAAAAGGAGUUGCCUGCCGUUCGUUGGGUCGGCGGACCUGAAAUUGAGCUCAUUGCUAUUGCAACUGGAGGCCGUAUUGUGCCUAGAUUUGAAGAGUUGACUGCUGAGAAGUUAGGGUCUGCGGGUCUUGUUAGAGAACUUGUCUUUGGAACUACCAAGGAAAGGAUGUUAGUCAUUGAGGAAUGCAAGAACUCGCGAGCAGUCACCAUCUUCAUUCGUGGAGGAAAUAAAAUGAUUGUUGAUGAAGCUAAGCGAUCUCUUCAUGAUGCCCUGUGCGUAGUCCGGAACUUGGUUCAGGACAACAGGGUGGUUUAUGGAGGGGGAGCUUCUGAAAUCUCGUGCGCAAUUGCAGUUUCACAGGAGGCUGACAAGAUUUCCACCCUUGAGCAGUAUGCUUUCCGUGCCUUUGCUGAUGCAUUGGAAAUGAUUCCAUUGUCUCUAGCUGAAAACUCAGGCUUGUCAAAUAUGGAAACUCUCACAGAAGUGAAGGCUCGUCAGGUCAAGGAGAAAAACCCUGCUCUUGGUAUUGAUUGUAUGCUGAAGGGAACCGCAGAUAUGAAGACUCAACAUGUUAUUGAAACUCUGCACAGCAAGAAACAACAAAUUGUAUUAGCAACGCAGAUGGUCAAGAUGAUCCUGAAAAUUGAUGACAUCCGCUCGCAUGCUGAACAUUGAUCUUAUCUAUGUACGCUGUGGUGUUGAGUUUUGAACAUGGAGCGUGCCCUUCUUAAAGCAUUAGUAUUUUGAGAUUCAUCAUUCACAUAUUUUCUCUAGCUCUAUGGUUCAUUCCAUUUCACAAAUGUACUUCGAGGUAUAGCUUUGCUUACCGUUAUUUUCAUACUCCCAGUGUUGCAUGCAUUUUCAUGUGCAAGUCUGUUUUAUUAACAUAAUUAAUUUAUAAUUAUUGCUUCUUAUUGUUGGCUGGUUUUGUUUGAGCCAAUAAUGUAACACCACUGUGAUCAAUACUUUGCAAUUUGUAAUAAACCUCAGUAACUGUUA